AUGCGAGAGCUUGAUGUAACUUAUAGAGAAUGUCUUCGGGAUGCCGAAACACAUUUAGGUGUAUGCAUUGGACCCAAUACAGAAGAAAGGCGACGCACUCGCGCUGCUUUACGGCUACAAGCUGCAUUAGUUGCUGCUCAAGAAAUAGGAGAUGAAAAGUUGCAAGUUGUACAGAUUUUGCAGGAUCUCAUUGACAACAAGCAAAGAUCACUUGAUGCAGAUCAUAAAAAUUUAAUGUCUUGCCUUGAAGUAAAUACAAAUGGAACUGCAAAAGAAGAACCCCUACCAGUAUCCGAAUCUUUACGGACUGGUGAUAAAGAAAGCAAUACACCUCAAACCCCUCAACAAUAUGCCCCACCACCACCUCCUCCAGAGAGAAACAAUGAUAAGGAGAAAGAAAAGGAAAGGGAUAAAAGUGGAGGUGAGAGAUGGUCAAAACGAGCAAGACGCUCUCGUACAACCGCAGGGGCUGCAACAGAUGGUGCGGACUCUAGUGAAAGAGAUAGUGAGCGGCAUGCGCAUAAUACUACACAUAAGAAAGGUAUUGGUAAAAAGAAAAAGCGUAAAGCCAGGCAGGCGGCUCAACGUUCUGAAACUCCUCCAGAAGAGAAUGAUGCAAUUGAUCCUGACGAACCCAGAUACUGUCUUUGUGAUCAAAUUUCAUUUGGAGAAAUGAUAUUGUGUGACAAUGAUCUGUGCCCUAUUGAAUGGUUCCAUUUCUCAUGUGUGUCACUCACAACAAAACCAAAAGGCAAAUGGUUUUGCCCCAAAUGUCGUGGCGAUAGACCUAAUGUGAUGAAACCCAAGGGACAAUUUCUGAAGGAGCUAGAGCGGUAUAAUAGAGAAAAGGAAGAAAAAGCA